AUGAUUAAACAACAGCAACCACAACAACUUAAGGCGCAAAGCGCCCAGGUCCUUCAGACCAUUACAUACGCCAUAUAUGCAUAUAAUUCAAAGACGGCAGAACAAACGCAAAGGUUGAAAUAUGGAGAUUUGGAGAUAGUAUUGAAAAAUGACCAUUUCGAAUUCGUUUGCAAAGGCGGUGCAGUGAUAUCAAAUAUAAAAGAAAUUUUAUUUAUGAAUUCAAAAAUUAAAGGAAUAACGGAUGAUAUAACAUCAAUUCCACCAGAAGAACAGAGAUAUUACGCAUUAAAUGCAUUUCCUAAAGUUUUGAAGAUUGGAAGAUUUAAUUUAAAUGAGGAAUUCAUAGAAGGUUUCCUAAAUGACAUAAUGAAGAAAGCAGAUAAGGAAUAUGUGGAUAGUGAAUUAAAUAAGAAGGCAAAUUUGGUUUAUGUUGAUGAAAAAGAUAAUGAAAUUAAAGAAAAGGUUGAAUGGUAUCAUGAAUGGACAUUGGAGACUUUUAAAGUUAAAGCUGAUACAGAAUGGGUUUCAGGAUGUUUAGACCUUAAAGCAGAUAAAACUUAUGUUAAUGAUGAGUUAGAGAAGAAAGCAGAUAAGGAAAAAGUUAUUUCAUUCAUUAAUACUGAGUUAACAAAGAAAGCUGAUAUAUCAUUUGUUAAUGAAGAAAUAAAACAAUCAGAG